AGGAGUCCCAGCAUGUGAAUUGGACAUGGUCAUUCAGUCGGAGGGAGGACAGCUGUGGAUGCUGGAUCUUCAGGGCACUGAAGAGGGAAGUGAGCAAAAAUACCUGUCUGGAUAGGGAGAUGUGAACUGAGCCAAAGCAUCAACACCAAUCAGGCUAUUUCUGAAGAACUAGAGUUUUCAGGGUCAGCAAUGGAGAGUCUCAGAGGGAGUACUGCCCAAGGUCCUAAGAAUGAAGAGGCCUAUAAAGGUGAGGGCCGGUUAUCAAGGCAGACAAAAUGUCCUGUACAGAAGACAUCCUUUGAGAAAACAGCAAUCAGGAGAGUGUCGAUGACCCUCAAGGAAAUUUUCACUAGGGAGAGAGUUCCUGAAUCUAGUGAAUUUAGUCUAAGCUCAAAAGUUAAUACACAGCAGAACAUUCCAAAGGCAGCUAGAUCCCCCAUAUCUAGGAAAAACUCCAAAGAUAAUUCGGACUUCAUUAAACACCAAAAACUCUGCCCACAAAAGAAAUCUUGUAAAUGCAACAAAUGUGGGAAAGCCUUCGGUUACCAAUCAGACCUUAUUGUCCACAGGAGAAUUCAUGGUGGAGAAAAGCCUUUUGAAUGCAACGAAUGUGGGAAAACUUUUAGCCGAAGUACACACCUUAUUGAACAUCAGAGAACUCACACUGGAGAGAAGCCGUACGAAUGCAGUGAAUGUGGAAAAGCUUUUAGCCGGGGCACUCACCUGAGUCUGCAUCAGAGGAUCCACACUGGAGAGAAACCGUAUGAAUGUGGUGAGUGUGGGAAAGCCUUCAGCCGAAGCACUAACCUCAGCCAACAUCAGCGAACUCAUACUCAAGAGAAACCUUACAAAUGUAACGAAUGUGGGAAAGCCUUCAGUGACCGUUCAACCAUAAUUCAGCAUCAACGAAUACACACUGGAGAGAAUCCCUAUGAAUGCAGUGAAUGUGGGAAAGCUUUCAGUUGGAUCUCGUCUCUUAUUGAGCAUCAGAGGACACACACCGGAGAGAACCCCUAUGCAUGCAGCAACUGUGGCAAAGUGUUCUCCCGCAGCUCAUCCCUCGUUGAGCAUCAGAGAAUCCACACUGGAGAGAAGCCCCACGAGUGCAGAGAAUGUGGGAAGGGCUUCAGUCGGAGCUCAUCCCUUAUUAUCCACCAGAGAACUCACACCGGAGAGAAGCCUUACAAAUGUAGUGACUGUGAGAAAGCCUUCAGCCAGAGUUCAACUCUCAUCAGACAUCAGCGACUUCACACUAAAGAGUAGUAUUUGAGCUUUUUCAUUAAUGUUAGCGUAAGAGCACA